AUGGUCUCACAUCCGAGCAACAGGGCGGCCCACGCACACUCAGGCUCGCGCUCAUCCCAGCACAGCUCCAAUGGCUCGUCUGGCCACCACAAGAAGGCCUCCUCAUCGUCCAAUGGCCGCGCCCCGAGCAGAGACGGCAAUCGGAGGGAGGGGACAGCGCAACGGGCCGCACAGGAUGUCGCGGGGCUCAAGGACUACCAGCUCGGCGAGCUGCUGGGCAAAGGCGCCCAUGGCAGUGUCUUCCGCGCCCUCAAUUGGGGCACAGGCGAGACGGUGGCCAUAAAGCAGGUCAAGCUGGAGACGCUCGGCCAGGCGGACCUCAAGACCAUCAUGCUCGAGAUCGACCUGCUCAAGAGCCUGACCCAUCCCAACAUCGUCAAGUACAAGGGGUCUGUCAAGAGUGCCGAAAGUUUGUACAUCAUCCUCGAGUUCUGCGAGAACGGCUCCCUGCAUAGCGUCUGCAAGAAGUUCGGCAAGUUUCCGGAACCGCUGGUGGGCCUCUUCAUGUCGCAAGUGCUGCAAGGUCUACUGUACCUGCACGAGCAGGGUGUCAUCCACCGCGACAUCAAGGGUGCGAACAUCUUGACUACAAAGGAGGGGCUGGUCAAACUGGCAGACUUCGGCGUGGCCACCAAGCAGUCAGGGCUCGACGAUCCGAGCGUUGUGGGAACCCCAUACUGGAUGGCACCGGAGGUCAUCGAAAUGUCUGGCGCAACCACGGCCGCCGAUAUAUGGAGUGUGGGCUGCACCAUCAUCGAGCUGAUAGAUGGGAAACCGCCCUACCACCACCUGCAGCCUAUGCAAGCCCUCUUCCGUAUCGUUAAUGACGACCAUCCACCGAUUCCUGGCAGCGUCUCUAAUGCUUUGCGAGACUUCCUCAUGGAGUGCUUCCAGAAGAAUGCCAAUCUACGUAUCGAUGCCAGACGUCUGCUCCAGCACAAGUGGAUCUUGAGCACGAAGCGGACUGCACCUGACGUCGCUUCAACAAGCCCCGAGUUCAACCAAGCGGUGAACCAGAUCCAGCAGUACAACGAGAGGCUCGAUUCGGAACCUGCGCUGCGUCGGACGUCGGCCGCCGCUCCACUGCCGCGCAGAGUCCCGGUGAAUGUGAACCUGAACAUCCCGAGGCAAAGGCCUACCGCUGAGUCCUUCCGUUCACCAGAGAUCGACAAAGAUGAUAACUGGGACGACGACUUUGCUGAGAGCAUAUCGCCUCGCGCCUUCCACCAGCCUCACUUAAAACCUCAGGACAACUUUGGCGGUCUCUUCUCAAGCGACAAGCUGAAGGCGAUUGCCAGUGUAAUGGAAGAGCCGUCACAAUUCGAUGGUGAAGCCACGGUGAAGAGUCCGCUCAAUCUGCAGCACUUGAGAGGUUCCCCGAGUGUAUUCGCUCAAAGUGACGUUGGGCGACCCCCGUCAACAAGAGCCCGAUCAUCAACUUCAAGAUCGACAUCCACAUCGACUAUCACGGAAGAACCGCUAGAGCGUCAGGAAGGUCAACCCAAAACAGCGUUCCUCCGUGGUGUACCCAAGGUGUUGCAAGCACCGCGAGCACAAGCGGCCGCCUUCGCCCGGCCAUCGCAGAUGUUCCGUGAGAAUUCGAUCGAAGACUACUCGGAUCUGACAGUAGCUGAUGAGAGCGCAUUCGAGCUGAAGCUAAAAGCUAUGCAGAUCGCCAAUCCGCCUUCUAUGUUUCCUAGGGAAGUCAGUAGGGUACCAUCACCAGCAGAUACUUUCUCUCCAAAGCUAUUUCAUCCCAACGAUCUGAAGACAGCGCCGAAAUCAACAAGAGAUGCCAGGGCCAACGGCGCACACCAGCGUUCUGUCUCGUCAACUUCUUCGCGCAAGAUGCAGCGGUCACAGUCAGAAAUUGAGAUGCUAAGAUAUGCGGAGGACGAUCGUGACGACUUUUCGGACGUCUUCGGCGACAUCAAGCCGAGCAGAGCUGAAAGUGAUAGUGGCUCAGAGCAUAGUAGUUUGGCCAUGAUCACUUCCAAGAUGUCGUCAUCUUUUAUGCUUGCCGACGACGACGAUCUGGACCCGUUUGCCAACAUGGACGAGGGCCUGGAGAACAUCAACAUGGAAAACAAUGUUGCCCGCGACCGUGAUGACCGACUGACAAAGCAGACGGAGAUGCUUGUAGGUGAUCUGAAGAUCAACCAACCUGACGUCGACUUGCUCAAGAUCGCCGACCAGCUUUUAGAGGUUUUGUAUGAAUCACCUGAGAAGCGUUCUAUCGUCCUCCGAUCCCAUGGCAUGCUACCUAUACUGGAGAUCCUUAGAGAGAUACCACCUAACGAACUAGUUUUGCCAUUGUUGAAAAUCAUCAACUUGAUCAUUCAUGAGGAUGCCGAAUCGCAAGAGUCGCUGUCCAUGCUUGGUGGAAUUCCUACUAUUUGUACAUUUGCAUCGAAGAAAUAUCCUAGCGAGAUCCGGAAAGAGGCUGCAGCUUUUGUGCGACAGAUGUACCAGACCAGUACACUUACACUACAGAUCUUUGUUGGCUGUGGCGGUAUAAACGUUCUGGUUGAUUUUCUAGAGGAGGACAUAGACGAAGAAAGAGAUUUGGUGCUCAUCGGCGUUAAUGGUGUGUGGAACGUGUUUGAGUUGCAGGGCUCCGCGCCGAAGAAUGACUUCUGUCGGCUGUUGUCGCGCAACUCCGUUCUCUAUCCACUUUCGCUGGUGUUGAACAGGGUCAUCAACGAGCGAGAUGAGGUCGCACAGCUCAUCCAGGGUCGCAUUGUCAGCAUAUUUCUGAUUUUCUCACAAGCCGAGAGCUUCGUGAAAGAAUUAGUAGCGGACCGCAUGAUCCUGAAGCGGGUACUGAAAGACCUCCCAAAAAUGCUUCCGGUGCACCAAGUGACUAUGCUCAAAUUCAUCAAAAACCUCAGCAUGCUUUCUUCAACCCACGAGGCGCUGCAGAACUCGAACGCAAUCGACACCCUUAUCGAGCUGUUUAGGAAUACGCAAAACCAGUUGAACCAUCGGGAGAUCUCAAACCAAGUCUUGAAUACCAUGUACAACCUUUGCCGCCACAACAAGAGCAGACAGGAAGAAGCCGCAUUGUCAGACAUCAUACCUCUGCUCAAGGAGGUUGUGAAUGGUGGCGGCCCAUUGAAAGAAUUUGCUCUGCCUAUACUGUGUGAGCUGGCACAUAGCGGGAAGGUAGCGCGCAAGAUGUUGUGGGAUGCGAAGGGGUUGCAGUUCUACAUCAGCAUGCUGUCUGAUCGCAAUUGGCAGGUCACGGCAUUGGAUGCGAUUUUCGUUUGGCUUCAGGAAGAGACCGCUCGUGUAGAGCAAUAUCUUCUCUCGUCCAACUUCAGCAUUGCGAUCAUAAGCUCUUACACCUCGCCCGAGCUCUCGCAAUCAAACUUCGAGAAUAUGCUCGAGCCCCUUCAGAAGCUCAUUCGUCUCUCGCCUCCAAUCGCAGCAUCGCUAGCUGUCCCCGAGAUCUUCACGCGCACAGUGCAAAAGCUCGGUCACAAAGACGCUGUUACUCGCUUGAACCUCCUCCGUAUUCUCAGGGACAUAUGCGAUUCCACGGAAGAUGAGUGCACUCUCAUCCGCCAAUUUGGCGUCUACGACACCAUCGUCCAUCUUUCCGAGCAUGACCACGCUGUGCUUGUAAGACAGAUGGCUGGAGAGCUUGUCCGAGCAUGCGACUCAGUAUCCAAGCGCAGCACCUCCCGCGCCUCGGGUUUCCGCCGCCCCGCGUCAAGCUCAGGCACCCGCGCAGGCUCAGGCUCAAGUACCGGCUCUACUCUUGUGUCAGGCAUGACGCCGCCCACCCCAAACAGUCUGAAAUCCGCAUUCGCGAUCCCACCAGUGCCGCCUAUGCCGCCUACCCCAACUCUACUCGGCAGCGGCCGCGAGCGCAUCACCCGAAGCCAUUCCACAGCCGGGAUCUGGGAUCUCCAGGAAGAACCUUCCCCAAAAGCGCCAUCACUAGUCCGCGCGUCGACGGCUGUCAAUGUCCUCAGCCCUACUAUGGCGUCUUCACCGAUCACAUUAACUUCGUCACGCACGCCGCACACCAGCCGCCCACCGUCCCGCGACACCACAUCCCUCUCGCGCAUCGCCUCAAAUCAAAGCGAAAGAGACAGUCCGCUUACUCCCUCCACUGCCAACGGGUCAGGGAAGUCACGCCUACCAAAAGCGCGACAAGGGAGAUUGUCUGAAGCCGUGAGUCGCCGACGCCAGAGUCAAGCUAGCCAGGGCGGUGGCACGGGCGAGGAAAAUGUGACGCCGACGGGCAGUGGUAGUGCAAAUGCAACGCCCCUCCCCAGACUGCAGAUUGUGAGGCGCAGAAGGGAGACCAGUGGUGGGGAAUUGAGCACUUUUGGGCCGGAUGGGGCGGGCGGGAGGCCAAACAGUAGGAGGGGUGGGCAGGAGUAG